CAGACAAAAAAAUAUAUAUCUUGACAUUUAGCAAUGGUGUGGUUUGGUUUUAUCAUUUAUGUCAAAAAAUAAAAAUCUGUAAAUCAAAAAUUUUGCUAGUCAGCGCAGCGUAAACAAUCACACAAUUUUCCAAAACUUCAGAAGUAUUCUGAAGUCAACAUGCCAGGAAAUUGGUGUCUCAUCGAGAGUGACCCGGGAGUCUUUACACAGCUCAUUAAGGCCUAUGGUUGUAAAGGAGUACAGGUGGAGGAGCUCUGGAGUAUUGAUGAUGGGAUUUUCGAAAAUUUAAGGCCAGUUCACGGGCUGAUCUUCCUCUUCAAAUGGGUUCAAGACGAGGAGCCGUCCGGUCCGGUGGUCACAGACAACAGACUCAAAAGCAUAUACUUUGCUAAACAGGUGAUAAACAACGCCUGUGCCAGCCAGGCGGUGAUCAGCAUCUUGAUGAACUGCCACCACCCGGACCUUCAGCUCGGUGAAGACCUGGAGACCCUCAAGGAGUUCAGCAUGCAACUGGACCCGUCCAUGCGAGGCCUAGCCCUCAGCAACUCGACCACGGUGCGCGCCGCACACAACUCCAUGGCUAGACAGGCCCUCUUCGAAUUUGACCCCAAAGUGAACGCUAAAGACGACGAAGUGUACCACUUUGUGAGCUACAUGCCGAUAGAGGGUCGUCUGUACGAGUUGGAUGGUUUGCGCGACGGGCCGAUCGACCUUGGCCCCGUGGCCGGCAGCCAGGACUGGCUGGAUGUGGUCCGCCCGAUCAUCAUGAGGAGAAUGAACAGGUUCACCGAGGGCGAGAUCCAUUUCAACCUGAUGGCGAUCGUGUCGAACCGCAAGAUGAUCUACGAGCGGCAACUGGACGAGUUGCUCAACGAAUCGCAGAUGUUGUCCAUGGAGUCGGACGAGUUGGAGAACGAGAUACCGAGGCUAAGGAUGCUGAUAGAAUUCGAAGACGUGAAACAGGCCCGCUACGAACAAGAGAUGGCUCGCAGGAAACACAACUAUAUACCAUUCAUAAUAGAACUUCUAAAAAUUCUGGCCGAGGAAAGAAAGCUGAUGCCACUGUACGAAAGGGCAAAGGAGCGGGCAAGCGAAAAAUCCGCCAAGAAAAUGAAGACCUAGACGACGUAGAUUAAAUUGUACGCCUAAGCAUGUAUAUGCCUGCGCAGAUGAGGGCCUUUUCUCACCAAAACUUUCGUCCAAUAUAUUUCAUAAAUUACGGGGAUUUUUUUGACCGUAUUCAAAAAAGAAAAGGUUCUCAAUUAAUCUACAUGUAUUAUUUUAAAUGAAGUUUUCUUGAAUGUGCUUUAUUCCAUACAAUUUACAAGGGAUAUUUUAAUGAGAAAAGUCUUGCGGACAAAAGGCAAUUCGUUUGGUGCCACGUUAACCUUCUGUAUUAUCGAUGUUUUAUGAAACCGUAAUGGUUUUAUAUUUAUUUGUGUCGCUUAUUCUCUGUAUUCACAUAAUUAAUGUUUUCGUGUCUCUUCAACAGGAUCCAUGUAUAAUAUUUUGUAUUAAAAUAUAUCAAUAGAAACAUAAUUAACUAAUGUCGUAAAAACAUCGUUCUACCUAGAAUGUUACUCAGUAAAGAAUUAGUUUUUACUUCGAAUAUGUGCAUUAAAUUCAGUAGGUAAGUAGUAACAAAAAUGUUGUCUUUCAUUUAUAGCUACAUAUGAUUUGAAUAGGUUAUAGGUACAUAAGUAACAUGUGCUAAGCAGCUGAGUUUUAUGUUUCUUGUCUCAGCCGACUGAAUUUAUGGUUGUAUACUUUCUAGUUUAUUUAAUUAUACUUAAUAUUUUUUGUGGAAAUCGAUUCAUACCCCUAGUAUACUUACUACUGACAAGUACUGAACUAUUUUAUGGACUAUAUGAAAAAAAAAAAACUAUUGUGAUGGAUGUAUUUAUAAAAUACUCAAUGAAUUGAACACAGUGUAGUACUUGUAAACUUAAUACAUUAACAUACAUUAGCAUAGUUUACUGUAAAAUCCGAUUAAUGAAAUAAAACGAUCGUUUAUAUAUAUUAAAAA